GUUGAAGCUUGUGCUGGCUGAUGAAAUUGGAAGCACUGUUUGAAUUGUGUUGAUUAAAAACACAAAUAGGCAGAAACAGCAUGAGAUGAGCUCUCGCUCUACCUGUUGAAUAAUCAAAAGCUAACAUCAUCAUCAUCUUCAUCAUGUCAGUGUUGACACAUCUGUUGGCAUGCCUCUUUGGCAUUGGUUCAUGGGUUGCCAUCAAUGGAAUGUGGGUGGAGCUUCCACUGAUUGUUCCUGAAAUUCCUGAGGGAUGGUACCUGCCCUCCUACCUUACUGUGAUCAUCCAGUUGGCUAACAUCAGUCCACUCUUCAUUACACUUAUGCACCGCUUCAAGCCAGGAGCUCUGGAUGAGCGGCCAGUCAUCUAUGCCAUUGUAUUGGUGGGUGUACUGGCCACAUUUCUUCUGGCGUUUUUCUGGACACACACACAAAAAAUAGGAGAAUCAGUACACAGUGUGGCUCUGCUUGCUCUUAGCUUCCUGCUGUCAGUGGUGGACUGCACCUCCUCUGUCACCUUUCUGCCUUUUAUGAUGAGACUCCAGCCUCAGUACCUCACCACCUACUUUGUUGGAGAGGGUCUGAGUGGCUUAAUUCCAGCUGUGGUUGCUCUGAUCCAGGGGGUUGGAGUGGUCCACUGCAAAAAUUCUACAGCGUAUGCAAAUUUUAGCAUGGAUAACUCAUCCUUGGUGUUCAGUGAUGAAUUAGAGGCACAUUAUCAACCAGCCAAUUUUUCAGUUAAGGUCUUCUUCAUAUUCCUAAGUGCCAUGAUGACAGUAUGUCUAAUUGCUUUCCUGAUGCUCAACCACCAUCCUGCUGUUGCACAUCAGCAUAAAUGUGAGUACCUUGAUAAUACUGUGCACAAAGAGAAGGCAGAUAUCAGCAUUGACAACCAGAACCAUCCUGCAGAGCAGAUACCCAUGCUGGAACACACAGAGGUUCUGGUUAGGGAACCUCGCAGCAGCUUUGGAAAAGGCACCUACAGCAGAUUUGAAGUGGUUUUCAUUUUUGUGGUUCUGGCCUGGGUCAAUGCAUUAACCAAUGCAGUCCUCCCCUCAGUACAGUCCUACUCCUGCCUGCCAUAUGGAAAUCGAGCAUAUCACUUGGCCACUGCUAUGGCUGCUGUAUCCAACCCUCUGGCUUGCUUCAUCGCUAUGUUUGUGCCAAUCAGGUCUCUGGUGCUUAUGGGAGUUCUUAUAGUGACUGGUACAGGGUUUGGGGCCUACAUCAUGGGCAUGGCAGCACUAAGCCCCUGUCCUUUACUGGUCUAUCAUAAUUUAGGUGCUGCACUUAUGGUCAUAACUUGGGUUAUAUUUGUCCUCACCCUGUCCUAUGUGAAGGUGAUCAUCGGGGUGAUCCUGCGAGAUGAAGGUCACAGUGCCCUUGUGUGGUGUGGUGCUGUGGUUCAACUUGGCUCUAUGCUAGGUGCCCUGUCAAUGUUCCCUUUAGUUAGUGUAUAUGGACUCUUCAAAUCAGGUGAUCCCUGUAACACUAAGUGCCCUAAUUGAUGAGUUUUUGUGCUGUACUAAUAGCAACGAGUAAAUGUAUUCCACUUCAUUCCUGUAGAUGAAGUAAACCAGUUUGUUUGUAUUAUACUGUAACACACUGUAGCCCAAGUGUUUUACUGUUGCAAAGUAUCCAAUGAAAUGUUACACAUGUACUGUGUAUUUCUUUUGCCUAAAUGUUUACAUUGUAUAAUAGGGUCUGAGAUACGCUUCUAGAGAACUUGUUACAAUUAGAAGGCAUCCAAAUGUUACAGAUUCCUGUAUCCAAAUUUGACUACUAUUUAAUGAAAAGUGCCUUUAUAGUAUGCUAUUUAAAUGUGUUGCUCAUUUGUGUUUCUUUUGAUAGU